GAGCCCGGCACUGCCGGGAGCACCACCUGGCGAGAGCACCCGCCGCGCGGCACGGUUCCAGGUGCGAUGGUGGUCUCGGGCCUCCUCCUGACUCUGCUGCUGCUGCGGGCCCUGGCCGGCGCUGCCUACUCCCUGCCCUUCAUGGAGGACCUAGGGGGCAGCGGGGAAGCCGAGGGCUCGUCGGCCUCCUCCCCGAGCCUGCCGCUGGCCCGGACCCCGGCCCUGAGCCCCACGCCCCUGGGGCCCCAGCCCACGGUCCUGGCGGGCCCCCGGCCCCCCACCAACCUGCUGGACGGCAUCAAGGAUUUCUUCCGCCAGUACGUGAUGCUCAUCGCCGUGGUGGGCUCGCUCGUCUUCCUGAUGAUGUUCAUCGUCUGUGCUGCCCUCGUCACCCGCCAGAAGCACAAGGCGUCCGCCUACUACCCCUCGUCCUUCCCCAAGAGGAAGUACGUGGACCAGAGUGACCGGGCCGGGGGCCCCCAGGCCUUCUGCGAGGUCCCCGACAAGGCCCCCGCCAGCCGGCCCGAGGAGGCCCUGGACUCCUCCCAGCAGUUGCAGGCUGACAUCCUGGCCGCCACCCAGAACCUCAAGUCCCCGGCCAGGGCGGGCGCGGGCAGUGGGGACGCGGCCCGGGGGGAGGCCAGGGCCCAGGAGGGGGCCUCCGCGGAGCCGGGCUCAGCAGGGCCCGAGGCCGGAGAGGGCCCAGGGGAGCCAGAGGCCGUCCCCUUGCUAGCCCAGGAGGCCGGGGGCGUGGCGGGGCCCCCCGAAGGCCCCUGUGUGUCCAGCACCGUCCCCCCCAGUGCCUAA